GUCGUAGUUUCUCUCCAUUGCGCAUGCGUAUCGUAUGCGUAUCUUAUUCCGGCUAGAAUCGGCCAAUAAACUAUAUUGAUCUGUAUUUUAAAAAUUUUAUGAAAAUAAACACAUGGAAUAAAUUUUGCGAAAGAGUCAAGAAUAUGUGUGACAUUGCUGUUGGUUUGAACAGCAAAGUGUGAAUGAGGUGAUCAUGGAGAGCUGGGUGCCCAAUCCACGGGCAAAGCCCUUUGUACCACAUAGUAAAUACAGAUCUAGUCAAAAAACUAAAGUGACAGUUCAUGAUCUUACUGGCCGCAGAUGCAUAGGCAAAUUUUUAAAGGCAGGACUACUUGCUGUUUUGUUGAUUACUGCUGUUAUCAAUCUCUUAUACAUCUUUGACACCAGUAAAAAAUUGUCUAAUGUGAAUGAAAUGGAAAGGUAUGGGAUUAAUACUGAGAAACAAUUGACAUCUCAUUCACAAGCUCAGUCCAUAUCAGUUGAUGUUGCUUCAAGUAAAGAAACUGUUUUUGUGGCUGUUGAUGGCACAACUGUUCUUCAGGAUGAAGACUUUAAGAGUAAUCGAGGGAUCCAUGUUAUUAUACUCAAUCAAGCCACUGGUAGUGUCAUGGCCAAGCGCAUAUUUGAUACCUACAGUCAACAGGAGGAUGAUGCUAUGGUUUUAUUUCUUAACAUGGUCUCUAAAGGAAGGAUCCUAGUGUUUGCCAUUAAGGAUGAAGGGUCUUUUCAGUUGAAAAGCCCAGCUCGAGAAGUGUUGAAAUCCUUAGGAAGCGAAUUUUCUGAGAGUCUAGGCUACAGGGAUAUGUGGGCUUUUGUUGCUGUCAAAGGAGGUGUGAAGCUAGGAGAAAAACAUAGCAAAGCUGCCAGCCUUAACACAUGGGGAGACAAAGUAGAGCUGAGAGUUGACGUUCCCCUCCUUCAAUCUGAAGAAAAUGUCUGUAACUGGCCUGACAAUGAGGAAGGGAAGAGAAGAAAAGCAUUUUGUAGCAAAGUGGAAGGUUAUGGUAGCGUGUGUAGCUGUGAUGGACCGGCCCCAAUAAGUUUUCAGCCAAAAAGUUUAGACGAUAAUAACAUUUUUGACAUUCCUGUUGCUGUUAUUGCGAGUGAUCGACCACAUUACUUAUAUAGAAUGCUAUUGACUUUGUUAGCAAUACCAGGUGCUAACCCUAAGAUGGUGACAGUUUUUAUUGAUGGCUACUUUGAGGAACCUUUUGCAGUAACCAAGUUAUUUGGUCUCAGGGGUAUUCAGCACACCCCCUUAGGUGUGAAGAAUGCCCGCAUCUCCCAGCACUAUAAAGCCAGCCUCACUGCAACUUUUAAUCUGUACCCGAAAGCUCAGUAUGCAAUAGUAAUAGAAGAAGAUCUUAAAGUUUCGCCAGACUUUUUUAAUUAUUUUAGUCAAACAAAGCAUCUUUUAGAUGAAGAUCCUACCUUAUAUUGUAUAUCAGCAUGGAAUGAUCAGGGCUACAAGCAUUCAAGUAAAGAUCCCCGCUUGUUGUAUCGUGUUGAGACCAUGCCAGGCUUAGGCUGGUUGUUAAAGCGUUCACUUUACAAAGACGAACUGGAACCACAAUGGCCCACACCAGAAAAGCAAUGGGACUGGGAUAUAUGGAUGAGGAGUGCUGGCAUCCGUAAAGAGAGGGAGUGUAUUAUUCCUGAUGUUAGCCGUACUUACCACUUUGGCUCUAAAGGGCUCAACAUUAAUCCCUACUUCCAGGAAGUUUAUUUUGAAGCACGGGCAUUGGUUUCUGAAGCUGGAGUUCAGCUCAGAGAUGUAGACAGGAUGAAGAAGGAUGAGUAUGAAAAGCUGAUUGAAGAACUUAUAUCGCAAGCACAGCCUGUUGAUCAUACUCUGAAUCCUUGUAGCAGUGAUUUCAUCCCAGCUAAUUUAGCUGAGAGUUCUCUGUUAACACUGUAUAUCAGAAUGGAAACAUUAACAGACUUUACCACAUGGAGCAUGUUAGCCAAGUGUUUCCACAUUUGGGACCUUGAUGUCAGAGGUUUUCAUAAAGGCAUGACCAGGAUUUUUCUGAAAAACCACCAUGUGAUCAUCAUUGGAACACCUGCUUCCCCUUACUCUCUUUCAAAAGCUGCAAAUAUUGUACCCAUUAUACAAGUGCCCAAAAAUGAAACCACAAAGCAAGCAGCAAGCUAAUUAAAUAUAUUUAUUCAACACUACUUGAAAUCAGUGGAAGCUGCUUGUCUUAGGAAAAUAUAGAGCAACAAACUUGUGACAUCUAAGCUUUAUUUUGAUGUGACCAAGGUAAUUUAUCACAUUACCUUCUAUUUAUAACAAAACUUUAUUUUAGAUAUGUGUACUAAGUCGAUAUUGAACUAAAACAUUUACAACAUCCAAGAUGAACCGUAAAACAUUCUGGAUGAGAUACCUCAUAUUUCUGGAUAUUUGAUUUCAACAAGCAAAUGCAAUGAUUUGCCAUUAUAGAUUCAAAAUUAUGAUUUUUAUUCUCCACAAUUGAAUCACUGGUGCUGGCUUAAGUAAUUAGUUUGAUUUUAUCUGCAAAUCUAUAUUUUAAGUACAUCUUAUUUAUUUAUUUUCUCAGUUUCAGCUUUAAGUUUACUUAUUUUGACUUCUAUUUAAAAAUAAAAUGCUUUGAAAUAUAUAGUCAGCCCUGCUUGAACAGUUUUGGGAGCAAUACAUAACAGUUAUGAAUGUUUGACUCAAACUAUAUUUUUGGAUAUCAUCUGUGAUGGUUUGUUGCAUGUGGUACAAAAGACACUGUAUCCAAAUAGUCUUUCCUAAGAAAGUUGUGACUUUAUUGAAAUGCGUUGCUAUUGCCAAAAUAGCAUUAAGUCGAUUUGUAGAAUAUUUGUUUUACCUGUAUAUAUCAUUGUUUUUAUUUUUAAUACAGCAUAUCAAAGUUAUUUUAUAUAUUGCACAAUAUUUAUUGACCUCAUAUUAUAUAUUAUGAAUUAAAAUUGUAUUGUACUAUUAGUUUUUUUUUUAAUAUCCAAAUGUAUAGUCCAAGUUAAAAAAUAUACAACAAUGACAAAUAAUUCAUUUCAAAAUAAUGAUAUUAUCCCAUCCUUCAGUUCUGUAAUUGUAAUACACAUACAAAUUUGGAACGUGCACCCAAUUUCUCAAGCUACCCUAACAUGCCUGUAGAUUUUAAAGAUGUUCUGCAAACUAUUUUGUUUGUUCUCAUCCUUAAACGACAUUAAAAUAAUUAACUGCUGAUUUAUCACAUUUAUUGUGAAAGCAAUGCAAUAUGCACACAUACAUACAUGUACAACUAUAUCACUAUUCACUAUUUGUGUAAACAAUAAUAUACAAUAUUUAUUGACCAUUGUUAACAUUCCUGCUUUUUUUAGACAAGUUUAGAAAUAACAAAAUCUGUGAAUAAUUGCUUUUUAUCCAUCAAAAUUAUUGAAAUAUUUUGUUCUGAGGUUUCCCUCUCAACCUAGUCCCUUUCACUUUCAUGUACAGUAAACAUACUAGCUCAGUUGUUAUUAUUGUUGUAUAAUGAGAAUUACCUUAGUGCUAAUUUUGUUUGUUACCUAAUGUAUUCCUUACUUUUUGCUUUUAAGUAAAAUAUUUCAAGACCAUAAUAUUAACAAUUAAAAUGAGUCAUAAUACAUAAUGGGAUCUGCUCAAUGAAAAUUAACUUUUUUUUAUCAUGACACCAUAAAUAGAAGUAAUUAAGAUUUUAAUACCAAAAUCCAUGAUUAAUAUUAACUACCUAUUUAAAAUUCAUGUACAAAUGUACACACAUUUUUUAUUAAUUUGUUGAGAAUGCUGAUCAGAGCUGCUAAACAACUGACUGAAUGUGACAUGGAAAUUCAAAAAUCGAAUUGUUUAAAAAUACAUCAAGUUGUUUUGUAGAGUUGUCCCCUGUUUAAGGUUCUACUUAAAUGGCUUUUAUACCAAGUAUCUCAGCAUAGACAGAUGUGCCAACAUGCUAUUUUAAGUUUAUUAGGUACUUAUUUUACUCUGUAACAGCAUUUAUUCUUUGACAAACUAUUUUUUGUAAUAAUUGUGCCAAUUGAUCUGUGCACAUACUGAAUAACUUAUUCAAUAAUGUUUUUUGUUACUAUAUAUUGUGGAAACAUUUUCAUAAUAGUAUUAAUAGAGUUCAGUUGGCUGUGAAAAUGUUAAUUAACUUCUUUUGGUCGUCAUUAUCCCUUGCUCCUGCAUCUCUUUAUUUUUUUACUUUAAAUUGUAAAAAUGUGUGAAAUUCUAUAAUGUUUCUUGCAGUUAAUGUAUGUUAUAUUAGUUAAAAUAAAAUUGUAGCCAUUCAGGGGGACUAUUGAGCCUCUUCCAUCCAUGUAAUUAUGUCUUGUCAAAUGUGACUGGAACCUUUUCUAUAUUGGCUAACCUAGAUCUGUUCUUCCCUACCUGUCUGUAAAAGAUUUUAUCUUUGCUGAGUAGUUCUUGAAGUUAAUUGAAAAUGUUCACCUAAGUUCAGCUCUGUUUAAGCUGGGUAAAUUUGUUUUCUAAAGAUGUGCAUUGGCUGCAUACACCAUGCAUGUAAUAUGUAAGACUGGCUGCAAUAGAGUAAAUAGAGGAGUUGGUCAAUAUUGUGGUAGGAAGGGAUUGGGGCAAAGUGUUCAAAUAUAUUCAUCUACCUAAGAUAACUAUGGCAUUUGAGGGACCAAAUUCAGAGGCUUAUUUUUAAUGGCUUUUUACAGGGCAAGUUUUAUUUGAUCAAAUAGAGGUCAUUUAAAAGGAAUCUAAGUUUUAUACCAUUUCUACCACUUUCAUUUGACAAUUUAUAUGACCCUUCCUUAGAGACAUUAACUUUUAAUCCAUUUUUGAAAUCUUAUUAAAAUAUUUACUUAAACACAUAUAAAUUACCUGUUAUACUAUUGUUUACUAUUGCAUAAAUACAUUUUAUCUUUGA